AAGUUUUUCGGACAAAACAUUUUUCUGUCCUAUGUUAGCAUAUGUUUUGGAAAGGAAAUACCCCACUGAAAUAAGUGUUGCAUGUGUUUUUGUUAGAAUGAACUUCAUGUAUUGUACCUUCUGACUGGCCAGCACUACUGAAGUGUACAUGUAAUGCACUUCAUCAUCUUUGUGCUUCCUGAUUUGCAGAGUCUCAAUAAAAUUGCUAGGCUACAAUUCUGUUGUGAUGAACCUUUGCUCAUAAAAUACAGUGCUUAAAUGCGCUCUUGCUGAAAUUGCUGGCAGGAAGCCUAAUCUUAGAAGGUGGCCAAUAUGAUAACGCCUGUCAAAAGUCUGUGGGGAACUCAGUAUCAAGCCUAUGAUGGCAGGUUUUGUGCUUGUUUUUAAGAGUGUUCUUGGUGUGAUAUCACUGUGUGUUCUGAAUUCUUCAGUAGCCCCACAUUCAAAAGGCAUUUGGAAUUUGGAAAGCAGGGCUUUUGUUUCAAACUAUAUUUAAAAGACCAAAAUCUGUGUUUCUUGGGCCUAGUGAUAAUACCUGCUCCGGUCAUCACUGCCACAACUGCUAAAAUGGAGGUGGUUUCAGCGGAAGUCAACAGCUUGCUCCCUGAGGAGAUAAUGGACACCGGUAUAACUCUGGUGGAAGACGACAGCAUCGAGGCGGUUAUCGUGUCGUCGCCAAUGGGAGACUCUAUUCCCAUGGAAACAGAACUGGAAGAAAUAGUGAGCAUAAGCUCCACCAGCGACUCCGCAGCUACAACCACAGCCACAGUCACCACAGAAUCAGUUACCGCACCCAGCAAUCACUCAGGCGACACGACAGUGAACACAACCCCAAAAACUGAUGUGAAUGCAGUAGUAAAGCCUACCUUUCCAAGUGGCCUCCAUAAACUUGGUGCUCAGACCCCUGUCACUAUAUCAGCCAAUCAAAUUAUUCUGAACAAGACCGCUGAUAUUAAAAUAGGCAAUCAGAAUAUUAAACCAGAUGGGCAAAAACUAAUUGUAACAACUUUGGGCAAGUCUGGCCAACCUAUUGUUUUAGCAUUACCCCACAACCAGCUCCCACAAGCACAGAAGGCUGUGUCCCAAGCCCAAGGUGGAGACUCCAAGGUACAAGGCCAGCAGAUCAAAGUUGUUAUUGGAGGUCGAUCGGAAGUGAAACCUGUUGUUGGUGUCUCAUCUUUGACGCAAGGAAAUCAGCUGGUAAAUACUGCGUCCCAGCCUUCUGUUUUGCAGACCCAGCAAUUAAAAACAGUACAGAUUGCAAAGAAGACCCGAACCCCAACUUCUGGCCCAGUGAUCACCAAACUGAUCUUUGCAAAGCCAAUCAAUAGCAAAGCUGUUACAGGGCAGACCACUCAAGUGUCACCAGUCAUUGCAGGUAGGGUUCUUUCACAGUCUGCUCCAGGAACACCACCAAAGACAAUAACUAUCUCUGAAAGCGGAGUCAUUGGAUCAUCUUUGAGUACAACAACACAACAGACACCAAAUAAAAUAGCUAUCUCGCCACUCAAAUCCCCUAAUAAGCUAACAGUGGUGUCAGUGGCCUCCCAGCCUCCCAACUCCCCCCAGAAGACGGUGGGCGUCCCACUGAAUGUAGCGUUAGGACAGCAGAUCCUCACAGUGCAGCAGUCAGCGCCCUCCUCCCCUGGGAAGGCUAUAGUCAACCACACAACCGCCCAGGCUGUGAAAUCAGCAGUGCAGACCAUUACUGUAGGAGGAGUGGGCACAUCUCAAUUUAAGACAAUUAUCCCCUUGGCAACUGCACCCAAUGUUCAGCAAAUUCAGGUACCUGGAAGCAAGUUCCAUUAUGUCAGACUUGUUACUGCCACAACAGCCAAUAGUUCAACCCAGUUGGCCAGUCAAAAUCCCAGUACGAAUACACAGCCUCUUCAACAGGCGAAGCCAGUGGUGGUGAACGCAACGCCAGUACGGAUGUCUGUUCCCAUAGUGCCAGCACAGACUGUGAAACAGGUGGUGCCCAAACCGAUCAACCCAACUUCCCAGAGAGUUACUACUAGUCAGCCCCAACAAAGACUUAUUAUGCCAGCCACUCCCCUGCCACAGAUACAGCCCAACCUCACCAACCUCCCACCGGGCACUGUACUGGCACCAGCACCUGGUACAGGAAACGUUGGGUAUGCAGUCCUUCCAGCUCAGUAUGUCACACAGCUACAGCAAUCAUCGUACGUAUCUAUAGCAAGCAACACUGGCUUUACAGGGACACCUUGUAUCCAGUCCCAAGCACGGCUACCAUUCAAUGGAAUAAUUCCUUGUGAAUCAGCAAACCGCCCCAGGAAGCCUUGCAAUUGUACUAAGUCUCUGUGUUUGAAACUGUACUGCGAUUGUUUUGCAAACGGUGAAUUCUGCAAUAACUGCAAUUGUACAAAUUGUUAUAACAACCUGGACCAUGAAAACGACAGGCAAAAAGCAAUAAAGGCCUGCCUUGACAGAAACCCUGAAGCCUUCAAGCCCAAGAUAGGGAAAGGAAAGGAAGGAGAGUCGGAUCGGAGACACAGCAAAGGGUGUAACUGUAAACGCUCGGGAUGUCUCAAAAACUACUGCGAAUGUUAUGAGGCAAAAAUCAUGUGUUCUUCCAUAUGUAAAUGCAUUGGCUGUAAAAAUUUUGAAGAAAGCCCAGAGCGGAAGACAUUGAUGCAUUUAGCAGAUGCUGCAGAAGUUAGGGUCCAGCAGCAGACCGCUGCAAAGACCAAGUUAUCUUCCCAGAUCUCAGAUCUGCUGACAAGGCCAACACCAGCACUCAGCAGUGGUGGUGGGAAGUUGCCCUUCACGUUUGUAACCAAGGAGGUAGCUGAUGCAACCUGUGAAUGCCUUCUUGCACAGGCAGAGCAAGCAGAGAAGACAGGCAAGUCAAAAGCUGCAGCAGAGCGCAUGAUCUUGGAGGAGUUUGGACGCUGUUUGAUGAGAGUUAUUAACUCUGCAGGGAAGUCCAAAAGUGACCCUUGUGCCAUGAACUGCUGACUCGUGCACAUGAGCCACAAUGAAGUGGACUGAACAGAACACUUAAGGCACAGGGACACUUUGGUUUGGCAUAGAGGAUUUAAUAAUAUUUGUUAAUUUGGUGCUUGUUGUAAAUUCACCUGCAUAAUAUCGAAACAUGAAAAUCUUUUUAUAACAAUAUGUAGAGCCUUUUAAAUCUUAGCUAAAUCCUCUUCUACUUAAGACAAUGCCUAAAGGUCAAUUCUUCUUCCUGAUGUACAGCUUUUACCUUGGGUUUCUUAAAAAUUAGAUGUGUUCUCCUCUUUCCCCCAGAAUAAUUACCUGAAGGGCAUAUAUAAAUUAUUAUAAUAUAUAUUAUUUACAGUGUAUGGAGUUGCAUUACUUUGUGCAUACAGGAAAACACAGAUGAUGUCAACAAAUAGGUGAUGCUUUGGCAACAGGCCCGUAAUAAAGAGGUACCACUGUAUCCAAGACAGUUCUGAAAGGAAGUGUGUGAAAAUUAGCAUCUAAAUAGAAGUACUUGUAUGUGGGACCCGACACGGCAUGUUCUGUUAGUGCAUGGAGCACUGCGAAACACACAGGCAAUAAUACAGAGGGGUGGGUUGCAGAUUUAGCAUUGGGCAAGUGGUGGAGGAUCUUGCUGGAGUGGGGCCCAAGGAGUUUACAGGCUAAUGGAAUUAAUGGGAGUUUUUUGAUAGGAAUGUGGCUGAGAGCUCGUGUUUGUUAAGCUGGAACUUGAAGGCUAAGAGAGUGGCCUGUUCUCAGAAGUGAGGAAGGGCAGCCACGCCACAAUGCCACAUGUCUGCUCAGUGUACAGUGUUACCUGAGCGUGCAGCCGACGGAUGCUGUUGCUUAGGUGUUUACCCGGUUUUUCAGAGGUCUGCAGCAGCCUAAUCCCUCACUGCAGGUAGGGCUGCGUGGUCUGUUGUGUUUUCUAGGAUCAAGCUGUGACCCUGGAAAGUGUUCAAGCCUAAGAAGCCGAGGUCAUGGGAGGUGUUGGAACCACAGUUGUCUUAACAAGGACUCAAGACAAUCUGCAUCCAAAUUGACUUGCAGAGGUAGGGAUCAUGUUCAGCCUGGUUGCGGGUCUUCAGGAUGCUGCUUCUCUAUAUGUUGUCAGCUUAGUUGACAUAAGGGUUUUUUAAGUGUUGUUAGAAUGACCGAGAGCCAUGAUCAGAGAGGAUGGUAGCACAAAAUCAGGAUUGCUUUCAAAACAAAUAGAUCCUUUUACACAAAGCUGGGGGAAGGGGGGGCAGGGGCAAUCAACUAUAGCUGUGUAUAGACUUAGGGCAGGGGAUAUUUUUCAGUAUUUGUUACAGGCAAUCUCGGAUCAUGUUUCUGGUAGCAGAAUACAUUUGCAGAAUUAACUUAGUAGGUUAUUUACCUACUACGAAUGUCUAUAACUAUAUUUUAACCACAGGCAUUUUUAUUACCUGUCUCACUGCAGCCUGAACUAGUUAGGUGUUUCCAAAAAAGAUUUAGUAUUCCUCGUGUAAAAAUGUAAAUACAGAGAAAAGCAGCAGAGCUCUUUCUCCAGGUUUUCUAGCAGGGCCAGGCUGGAGAAAGGUAGGAGUUAGGCAAACCAGCAGCAGAGCUAAGUGCCUACAUGUAUGAUGGCAAUAGGGUGGGAGGACGCUUCCACUCCUGUCUUCACCCCAGUCCUGCGCACUGAGCAGAAAAGCCCUUGACUCUUCUCUGGUGCCUCGUCAAAAUGCCUCAGGGGCUUGAAGGUGGCCAGCAGCAGUGACGGGCCAUGGGGUCGCCCUUGCAGACAAGGUUUGACCUGCCAGUCACCGUCUGAAGGGCCUUGUCUGCUAUUAAUAUUUCCCUGAGAAUGAACAGCAAAUCUCCGAAAAGGGACUCCACCUCUUGUGUAAGUAAAUGCCACGAUUAGGACUUGGAUUUACUAAAAAAUCAGUGCAGUAACUUUACAUGUAGAUAGCGCGGAUAUUCAGUUUACUUCUAGUGACCUACUACAGUAUGUCCAGUAAGAUUUGUAUAAAUGUAAAUUAGUGUAAGUGAAUAAAGUAAUACCUACUUACGUUAUU